GUUCCAAACCAGUCUUAACAAUUGUGUCAAAUUAUUCAAUGAUUUUAAUAAAUUCUUCUAAACAUAUUAUGACAUCAAUCGAUCUCAGUGGCGUGCACUUGGAGAGGCCUAUGUCCAGCAGUGGACUGCGAUAGGCUGAUGAUGAUGAUGAUGAUGAAACAUAUUAUUCUUUAUUUUACAAUCGAUGUCAUUACCUACUAGAAUAUAAUAUAUACCUCGUGUGUUCAUAAGUUUUGAGACAAACUUUUUACUUAUAAAAAUAAACAAAAUGUCACUGGCUGCUGUAUAUUUCUUUUUCUAAUUUUGAAUUUGGAAUGUCUAAUUUUGAAUUUUGCAUUUGGAAUAUUAUUUUAUUUAAUUUUUCUCGUAAUGGAGGGAACAAAAGAAUUACGUGCGAUCGUCAUUUCACUAUUUAAGGUGGGAAGAAAACCUAUGGACAUUUUCCGAGAGCUGGAAAGUUUUGGUGUGAGCCGUAACUUCGUGUAUUACACUGUUAAACGAUACAAGGAGACAAGUUCUUUACAAGAUCGGCAAAGAAGCGGUCGUCCACGCUCUGUGAGGACGCCUGCGAACAUUAAAAUCAUCAGAGAGCGACUUCGGCGAAAUCCAUGUCGCACUCAGAAGAAACUCGCUCUGCAGACCAAUAUUUCGCGCGUUUCAGUCAGCAGAAUACUGAAAUAUGAUCUCAAGGUUAAGGCGUAUAGCCGUAGGAAAGUACAUUUUUUAAACGAUCGCCUUCGUCAAUUGCGACGCGAACGUUGUCCAGUACUGCUUAGGAGACACGAUGCGAGGAAGAUACUCUUCACCGACGAGAAAAUCUUUACCGUCGAAGAAAAGUUCAACCGACAAAACAAUAAAGUGUAUGCCAAAAGUAGCCAGGAUGUCCCAGUUUCAGCACGGAAUGUCUCGCGUACUCAUCAUCCGGCUAGUGUCAUGGUAUGGUGGGGAGUUUCGUACGAAGGUGUCACUCAGCUUCAUUUCUGCCAACAAGGCGUCAAGGUGAAAGCCAAAAAUUAUCAAAGUGACAUUCUAGAGACUGUUGUGAAACCCCUGUCUAAUACCCUAUUCCAUCACAAGAAUUGGGUUUUCCAGCAAGACUCGGCGCCAUCCCAUAAGGCUAAAACCACCCAAGCUUGGUUGAGGGAAAAUGUGCCGGCCUUCAUUGCGGCGUAUGAAUGGUCCUCCUCCAGCCCCGACCUCAACCUGCUGGAUUAUUCUCUAUGGAUCGAAUUAGAGCUCAGAGCCUGCCGAAAGUCCCACCCAAACUUGGAGUCACUUAAGCGAGCUCUCGUCCGAGAAGCGAAGCGAAUUCUGCUGGAAAAGAUUCGUGCCGCCAUUGAUGACUGGCCAAAUCGUCUAAGGGCAUGUAUUAAAAACAGGGGCGGUAAUUUUGAAUAAUAAUUAUAUUUAAUUUUUACUUACUAUCUACUUGAUGAUUACUAUUUUUUUUAUAAAUGUAAGUUUAUUAUUUAAAAAGAUAUGCAACUUUUAUUUCGUCUCAAAACUUAUGAACACACGAGG